GAUCAUAUAUGCUGUUCCUAAAACAUCUGAGAGAAAUAGAGCAGCUCAGUCGGUGCUCAGCUCAGAACAAAACAACCACAAAAAGAGACAACAGCAGAGAAUUUGAGACCAAGCAAAAGGUAAAAUGGAAAACUUCGACAUUUUAGGUGGCGAUUAUGAAUACUCAGAUUACAACUACACAGGUGUCGGCAACAUCACUAUACCUGAAGGAACAUUUUUACAACACAAACCAAGUUGUCUGAAGGAAGGCACGUGUGUGCUUCUGACUGCAAUCAAUGUGGUAAUUUUCCUGCUGGGCUUUUUUGGGAACAUGCUGGUCAUCUGGAUCUCUGGCUUUAAGAUGAGGAAGACUGUGAACACCACUUGGUACCUGAGCCUUGCCAUCUCUGACUUUUUCUUCUGUGCUUUUCUGCCAUUUAACAUCUCCUACAUGGCAAUGAAAGAGUGGCUCUUUGGUUCCUUCAUGUGCAAGUUCACCUCUGCAGCAAUGUUCAUCAACAUGUUCAGCAGCAUCUUCCUCCUCAUCGUCAUCAGCAUGGACCGCUGCGUGUCAGUCGUGUUUCCAGUUUGGGCCCAGAACCACCGCUCUGUCCAAAAGGCAUCAGCUGUGGUUGUUUUCGCUUGGCUUCUCGCCAUCGGAAUGAGCAUUCCCUCAAUGAUCUUUCGUGAGGUCCAGACGACUGAUGGAAAUCAGGUCUGCUUCAACAAUUACGUCCGAAAACAACACAGUCACAAGAUUAUUGCUGUGACCCGCUUCAUUGCGGGUUUUGUGGUUCCGUUCACCGUCAUUAUCAUCUGUUACUCCAUCAUCAUCUUCAAACUUCAAAACAACAGGAUGACAAAAUCCUCCAAACCGUUCAAAGUAAUGACUGCACUCAUUGUUACAUUUUUUGUGUGCUGGCUGCCUUACCACGUGUUUUCCCUGCUGGAGCUGAACCACCACCACCAUGACCACAACACUUUAACCACUGGACUUCAAGCGGGUGCCAUUUUAGCAUCAGCAAAUAGUUUCCUCAAUCCAUUGCUGUACGUCUUCAUGGGAAACGACUUCAAGAAGAAGCUAAAGAGCUCUUUGCUUUCAAAGAUGGAGAACGCAAUGGCUGAUGAAGGACGCACUACCAGUCGAUACCUGUCCAGGUCCAGCUCAAUGGACGGCAGAGCUUCCACGCACAUUUAGAGGCGUGGACGCUUAAACGAAGCAAAAAAAAUAAAAAAAAAUGUCUAGAAAUAUAUUUUGACAGUGAGUACAUUUCAUUAAAUAUAUAUUGAAAUCAAAUCUGUUUAUAUUUACUAAAAAAACAAUCAUGUAAGUGAUGUAAAUGAUAUGGUUCUAAGUGUUAAAUAAUCAAGAUUUAUAAAAAUCAGUUGUAUUUUAUAUGCAAAUACAAACAAUGCACUCAUCCAUUGCAAAAACCUUAUAUAUUUACGUUCAAGCAUGCUCUCAAGCAUUACAUCCACCAAAGGUUUGCUCUUUGCAAAUAACAGAAACAUUUUCUGGCUUUGGACCUGACUGGGUUGACUUGAUUGUUCAGAGUGCCAUGUGACAAAAUUGUAAUAACAGCAACAAAGUUCGGAUUCUACUCUUUAAUGUGCAACGGACCAAGAUGGAGGACAUGAAAAUAUCGUUGUUCCUCGGAUACUCUGAACUGUUUUUACCAGACGUGAGUGGAGUUGUUGUCAUCUCUUGCUGCACACUUUUUUGACAAUGUGUUAAAGAUUCUUAAAAGAAGUCAUGUAAGGAAAUGUGUACAUAUGUAAUUUGAUAUAUAAAAUCUUUAUUGUCAUCUGUUCAAUAAAAAACUGAAUCUGCU